AUGGAAACACCAGACAAAUCAAAGGGUGCUAAACCAAAGUCUAAUUUUAAUCGUACUUCGCAUACUUUUGUUCAUUCUAGUUUAAAUUGUUCAUACUGCAGUUCAUCGGAACAUAAUAUUACAUCUUGCCCAUCGUUUGGAGCACUUAUGGUUUCAGAACGUUUUAAAUAUGUUAAAAGCAAUAAGCAUUGCUUUAAUUGUCUCUAUAAAGGUCAUGGAGCUACGAAAUGUCCUACACCGUCUCGGUGCAAGGUAUGUAAGUUAUCGCAUCAUACCCUGUUACACUUUUACAAUAAUCCCGAUUAUGGUCUUGCAUUAACAAAUAACCAUAAUCAACGAAGCCAAAAUUCGGACUCGUCGGCAAACAAUCAAGGUCAAGUAGAAAAUAAUAUUACUCCUUCUGUAUUAGUUACAAGGGCUGUAAAGAGGGCUCUCAUUCCAACUGCUGUGGUGUUGAUCAGAGAUUCCUGUGGCGCAUUUCAACCGGUUAGAGCUCUCCUGGAUUCGUGUUCGGAAAUCAAUUUUAUUACUGAGGAGACCGCUAAGAGGCUCAAGUUGAAAUUCCAGCCAUAUGCUCAAGAAGUUUCUGGUAUCGGCGAAGUGUGCACUAGAAUUAAAUCUUGCGUUGAAGCUACAAUAAAAUCUCGUCUUAAUUCGUUUGAAUGGUCAUCAAUUUUCGCAGUUACUAAGUCAAUCUCGUCACAACAACCUGGUGAGUACAUUGAAACAUGUCAAUGGGAAAUUUUGAAGACAUUGCACCUGGCCGAUCCAUUAUUUUAUAAACCACAGCGUAUAGAUUUGCUUAUCAGCAUAAAAGUAUUCUUGAAUUUAUUAGUUGAAGGUCGAAUUUCAUUAGGAGACGGAAAGCCUACAUUAAAAAACACUGUUUUUGGUUGGAUAGUAGGCGGAAGUUUCACAUCUCAGCCUAAUGCAGCUCCACUCACAUGUAAUUUAGCAAUUGGAAAAUCCAACGACUCACUUGACUCGACAUUAAAAAAAUUUUGGGAGGUAGAAGAUUUUGUCAACAAGCCUUCUAAGUUCACCGAUGAAGAGGAAGCCUGUGAACAACAUUUUAUUGAUAAUGUUAUUGUAAAACCCAACGGCAAAAUUCAAGUUCGUUUACCUUUCAAGGGUUCACCUGAUCUCCUUGGCAAUUCAUUCGAAAUUGCUCGAAAGCGUUUUUUGUCAGUGGAAAGGCGUUUAGAUCGCGACCCAGCCCUAAAAUCGAUGUACGUUCAGUUUAUGGAAGAAUACUCAUCACUUGGACAAAUGUCGCUGUAUAACCGUCCAUUACUUGGUUCGCAUUUUGUUAUUCCCCAUCAUUGCGUUCUUCGACCGCAAAGCACCACCACCAAACUCCGCGUCGUCUUUGAUGGUUCUGCCCGAAGUUCGUCGAACGUUUCUUUAAACGAUAUUUUAAUGGUUGGACCAACCAUCCAACAGGACCUAAUCACGACGCUUUUUUCAUUUCGGCUUAAUAAGUUCGCUCUUACAGCUGAUAUCUCCAAAAUGUAUCGGCAAUUUGAAAUUGAUGAACGUGAUCGCAAUUAUCAACUGAUUUUGUGGAGAAGCAACAGAGAAGAUACACAAAAAGUAUUUCAACUUAACACUGUAACAUACGGUUUGUCGUCGGCUCCAUUUUUAGCUAUUCGUAGUUUAUUUUUCAUUGCAGAUAAAUAUAGCUCCUCAUUUCCUCUGGGUUCUAAAGCUUUACGAGAAGAUCUUUACGUAGAUGACAUACUUACUGGAGCAAAUGAUGUCAAAACCUUACUAGCAAAGAAGUCCGAGUUAAUACAAAUACUAAAAUUUCACGGGCUCGAGUUGGCUAAAUGGAGUAGCAAUCGUGCAGAGAUUACUUCAAAUAGUGAGACCGAAGUUGAGAUUAAGAGUUCAGAAGACGACGUUACAAAAACUUUAGGUAUGUCUUGGAAAACAAAGCAGGAUAUAUUUUGCUAUCGCUUUGAGUUGCCCGAUAUCAUUGAACCUACAAAAAGGUCAGUUUUAUCUGUUGUUUCCAAAAUCUAUGACUUACUUGGAAUUUUAAGCCCAGUUGUAAUCCGAUGCAAAAUUAUACUCCAAGAAAUGUGGUUGCAGAAUUUCGACUGGGACGACGUCAUAAAUGAUCAUCUAAAAUCCCUUUGGUUGCAGAUAAAAGAAGAUCUUCCUUUUAUAAAAGACAUCGAAGUACCUCGAUAUGUGUUUACAUCAUUAGAUGAGCGCGGUGAAAUACACGGAUUCGCCGAUGCUUCCCAACGCGCGUAUGGAUGCUGCAUUUACUUUCGAAUAUUGGUCGAUGGCCGAUACAAAACUAAUUUAUUAAUUGCGAAGUCUAAGGUUGCGCCAAUAAAGGCGCAAUCUCUACCACGUCUUGAGUUGUGUGCUGCUGUAUUGCUCAGUAAAACCUGGAAUAAAAUAAAAUUAAAAAUGGCAAAAUUUGUAUCGUCAACUUGGUUUUGGACUGAUUCUAAAAUUGUUCUUCAGUGGCUUAAACAGCACUCGUCGACAUUAAAUUGUUUUGUCGCUAACCGCAUCUCCGAUCUGCAAGAUAACACACGAGAUAUCUAUUGGAAACAUGUACCAUCAAAAGAUAAUCCUGCAGACAUUGUAUCACGCGGCUGUAGCGCUCAAGAUUUACCUACAACAAUGUGGUUCAACGGACCCAGUUUUCUUCAGCAGCAUCAUUCAACAUGGCCCCAAACUGAUGACCAAAUUCAAACAGAAGUUUUGGAAAGAAGAAAAGUAGCAGUAUGUCCAGUGAAACAUACUUUAAAAGCCAAUGAUGUACUUCAGAUUGAUUCAAUUGAGUUGAAUCAUACCUUCUGGCGUAUAAUUGCACAUAUUCAAGCAAUACACUUUAAAGAUGACAUCAAUGCCUUGUCUAAAGGAAGAAGCAUAAAUCCGUCAUUGCAGAAAUUAACCCCAUUUCUACAUACCACCAAUUUGAGUAGAACCUCUGUUACAAUUCUUCGUGUUGGCGGACGAUUAUCAAAGGCUCCUAUACCCUAUGACGCCAGGUUUCCAGCAUUGGUUCCCAAAAAUCAUCGUUUCGUAUUGCUGUAUAUUGAAUACUUGCAUCGCAUUCAUUUACAUGCUGGACCCAAGGUUCUAUUAGGAAUAAUACGCCACAAUAUAUGGAUUAUAAACGCUAGAGAUGUGGUACGAAAAGUCGUCCGUAGUUGCAUACACUGUUUUCGUUAUAAGCCCAAGUUAAUGGAACAAAUUAUGGGCGAUUUACCAUCUGAUCGACUGCGAGCUUCACGACCAUUUUUGAUAACAGGUGUGGAUUUUUGUGGCCCAUUUUUAACUACACAUCGCAACCGUGCUCAAAAGCAACACACCUGGAGUUGGUAUCCGAUCUCUCCACAAACAACUUUCUAUUAUGCUUAA